UGUGGGCGUGGUGGUGACACAGGUGUGGGCAUGGUGGUGACACAGGUGUGGCGUGGUGGUGACAAAGGUGUGGGCGUGGUGGUGACACAGGCACAGCGUGGUGGUGACACAGGUGUGGGCGUGGUGGUGACACCGGUGUGGCGUGGUGGUGACACAGGUGUGGCCAUCUCUGCUCGUCAUCCCCAGCGUGGUUCCCAGCAAGGUCUCCCCAGCCCCCACCAACCCGGGCAGCGAGUGGCGUGGAGCGGCAGCCGGGAGGGGCCCUGGGCCGGGGUGGCAGGGACUCGGGGGGCAGGGCCCUGUGCCCUUCUGCUUUGGGCCCAGCGGCACUCCACGUCACAUGCGGGGAUGGUGGUGCGGAGGCUGGCCCAUAGCCCCUUCCCCCAGAGUGGAGUCAGAGCCAUCCUGAACCCACAGGUGUUGUUUCUGGAAGAAGGAUCCAGGGCUUACCCUGCUGGGACGGGUGAGACCUGCCCCUCGCACCACCACCCAAGCCCACCGGGCCACGGAGGGCGUCCUGUGGGCUCUGAGGAGGGGGCGGGGGUCACUCUUGGGGAAGAGGUUGAGGCCUUCAUCUCACCCCAUCCUCGCCGCCCCACUCUACAGAUGAAGAAACUGAGGCUAGGGGAAGGGAGGCGUGGGCCCAAAGCGGGGCCUGGCCGGUGUGUCUGAUGCUGUCCUCGCUGGGUGACGGGGCCACGGGCUUCGGCCUCCCCCGAGCUCGCGAUUUCACUCCCGGGUAAACCUUCCGGUAGAACAAGG